AUGUCCGUCAAUGAGCGCCGCCCAAGUUACAUGGGCGCGCCGCGACCCCGCGUAGCGUCUGGUCGCGCCGGCGCAGCAGACAGGGCUUCACGCGAAUACUCUCCAUUGCAAACGGACAAUAUGGAUCAGAUGCCUCGAGGCACGGCUAGUCCCAAGAGUGGACUUCGUCGGGAGCUCAGCACCAGCGAGAAGCGCACAGAGCGCAUGACAACAACCACGCGGGAAAAAGUGCAGGUGCGGUCGAGAAACCCGGUCAGAGAAUCAGUAAAUGGGGGGUACCGCAGCGAUUCAGACAAGAUGAGGGCGAAAAGGCCAAGCCCAGCGGACGGAGCACCGGUCGUGCGGAAGAAGGAAAAGGAGCAGAUAGAUUUACCCUGGAAUCCUCAAGCCUCCCUCGUUGCACACUCCUCCGCUCCUCUUGCUAGUCGAGUCUCCGUGCCUCCUUUAUUCUCAGCAGUGCCAGCGACCUUACAACCGGUGCCUCUCCGUGGACUCUCUCUGGACCAGCAAGAGGCAGUGAUCCUAGAGGAUCUGCUGUUCGUGUUUAUGGGCUAUGAGGGACAGUACAUACACUUUCACAGCUCUUAUGACCCGUCCGACGAGAAAGAUCGCCUAGUCGGCCCUUCCUUUCAGAUCUCUCCUGGUCUGGACCCGAGUUUGAGAGAUCUCACCAUCUCCAUGCUAAAAAUGGCGACCCAUCACAGCUCGAUCGAGUCUUUUGUGGAGGUGUUGAGCCGUGCGGAGUUCGGGGCUGUUAGCCAUGCUUUAUGUGCGGCGAUCAGGAAGCUCCUGAAGGACUACCUGAUUUUGGUCGCACAGCUUGAGAACCAAUUACUGAACAAUCCAAAUUUCACCUUGCAUGUCCUGCAUCUCCAUACUAUGCCGACUAGCCAGACAUUGGCGCAACUAUAUUCAUUAGGACAGGAACUGUUGCGACGAAACCAACUGCUAGACCAGGAUCUCGAUGAGUCAAUCGCGGACUUCGACGAUGUCGACAAUAUCCUGGAGCAGCUUAGAGAAGGCGGAGAGCUAGCUCCCGGAAGCAUGUCCAGCAAAAGGGUAUGCAAAGGAGGGAACGUUCUAGGCCUUUUAACCGAGAGAUUGUCUACGUUCUCCGGCGACCCUGCGACAAAGACACUGCUUGAGACCCUCCUACGCGAAGCCAGUCGACCGUAUAUGGUCAUGUUGAAUGAGUGGUUGCAUCAUGGUGUAAUCAAAGACCCUCACGCAGAGUUCCUAAUAAAGGAGCAGAAAUGGAUCAAGCGCGAGAAACUGGAAGAAGAUUACACAGAUGAAUAUUGGGAAAAGCGCUACACGAUUCGUGAGCAUGAAGUGCCUCCGCAAUUGGAUAGUGUCAGAGACAAAGUCCUCUUGGCUGGAAAAUACCUGAACGUGGUGCGCGAAUGUGGUGGCGUCGAUGUCAGUAAAGCGGUCAAGGAUGCUCCAAAAACAUUCGAUGAUCCUCGGUUUUUGGAAAAUGUCAACAGCGCCUAUACAUACGCCAAUGCUUCAUUGUUGAAUCUACUCCUGACGAAGAAUUCUCUUACCACUCGCUUCCGAUCGCUGAAACACUACUUCUUCCUCGACCGUUCAGAUUUCUUCUCUUACUUCCUGGAACUCGGUGCGUCUGAGCUUCGCAAACCUGCGAAGAACGUGAAUGAAGGGAAAUUGCAGUCUCUGCUCGAUCUUGUCCUUCGCCAACCUGGAAGUAUUGCCGCUCAGGACCCUUUCAAGGAGGAUGUCAAGGUCCGCAUGAAUAAGAUUGGUCUUACAAAAUGGCUUAUGCAAGUUGUCAGCGUUUCUGGUAUCGAUCAAGAUAAUCCUGAUGGUGGAAUGGAAAAAUACCAGACACCGGCUCCGCAGAGUGCCGAGGAAGAGAAGGACAUACUAGGAUUUGAGGCUCUUGAGCUAGACUACUUAGUCCCCUUUCCUCUAUCACUGGUCAUCAGCCGCAAGACCGUGCUGCGCUACCAGCUUAUUUUCCGCCAUCUUUUGUCGCUUCGCCAUGCAGAAACCCUACUUGUCAGCUGUUGGCAAGAUUCAAAUAAGGUCGUGGGCUGGCGACACAAGUCAUCCGAUAGACGGAUUGAGUUGUGGAAGAGACGGGCAUGGACUUUACGAGCUAAGAUGCUUGUUUUCAUACAGCAGCUACUGUACUUCUCGACGGCUGAAGUCGUCGAACCAAACUGGCAGACGCUCAUGGAUAGGGUCAACGGCGCAGAUGAAGAUGGUACCGAGGUGACUGUGAAUGGGACAAAACAAGUCAACCGUACGGUGGACGAGCUAAUGCAGGAUCAUGUCGAUUUUCUCGACACCUGUCUCAAAGAAUGCAUGCUGACGCAGGCAAAGCUCUUGAAGAUUCAUUCGAAACUAAUCGUCUGCUGUGCCAUGUUUGCGUCAUGGACCGCUGGCACCCUAGGCCGAAGCCUGAGUUCAGCCGAUCCGGAUCUAGCACUGGCAAAAGGAGCUGGUGCAGAUGGCAAGGGCUAUGACCCAAACCGCCUAGCUAAGCUCGAGGACACGCUGAAGAAAUAUGAAGAGCACUUCGGCAGGCAUCUUCGAAUUAUGCUGGACAGUUUGAAUUACUUUGCUGCCACUGAAAGUGUCGUCUUGCUGAAGCUUGCUCAUUCACUAAGUGCUAUCUACCGCGAGGAACCAUGA